AUGAAAGGUUGUGAACUAUGUAGUGCACCUGGAACUGGAAAUAGAGUUGCCAAGCCAAGAGGUGGUGGUGGAGCCAGAGGUGGAAGCAGAGGUGGUGCUAAUGGCAACAUCACCAGAGGUGGAAGUAGAGGUGGAUUCUCAAGAGGUGGUGGUGGUGGUGGAGCCAGAGGUGGAAACAGAGGUGGUUCGAGCGGUGCUGUCACUAGAGGAGGAAGUAGAGGUGGAUUCUCAAGAGGUGGCGGUGGAGCCAGAGGUGGAAACAGAGGUGGAUUCUCAAGAGGCGGUGGAGCUAGAGGUGGAGCCAGAGGUGGAAGUAGAGGUGGAGCCAAUGGAAAUCAACGUAGACCAAUUAGAAAAGAGGAAGAAGAUGACGAAGAUGACGAUUAUUAUAAAGAUGACGACAACCCCUCACAAGAUGAAGAAGAAGAUGAUGAUAACGGUUCACAAGAGGAAGAAGAAGAUGAUCAAUCAAUUCAAACUUCAAAUGGUUACAGCACUCAUGAUAGUGAUGAUGAAGAAGACAAUGGAGAUGAAGACGAAGAUGGAGAUGGAGAUGAAGAUGGUGAUGAAGAUGGUGAUGAAGAUGGUGAAGAUGAAGACGACGAAGAGGAGGAGAAUCAAAAUGGAAAGAGAAAGAGAGUGAAUGUACCAAUCUACGAAGAAGAAGAAACUGCAGAUGAAAAGAGAAUUAGAAUUGCUAAAGAAUAUUUAAGAAAGUUGUCAGCUGUCAAAGGUGAAUUGGCUGAUCUAGACGAUGUACAUCAAGAUAGACAGUCAUAUAAAUAUCAAAGAGAAUUAAAAGGACACAUCUCUGAAUUAAAUAUAACCGACAAGAAUAUCACCUUCCUAAAAGGACACAAUCAACCAAUUACAUGCAUCGUUUUAAGUGACGAUGAGAAAUAUUUAUAUAGUGCAUCAAGAGAUGCAAUCAUUAAGUGGGAUUUAAGUACAAAAGAAAAGUUAUUUAAGAUUAAAGCAUUUAUCAAUUCAAGAAAACAUAGAGAAUUAGUAAAACAACAACAAAAAGAACAAAAGGAGAACGGCAGUACCGCCACUGAAGAUGGUAAAGGUAACGAAAACACUACUAAGAAGCUAGAGAAAGACAAGGAGACAAAUAGUUAUACAGGUAGAAUUUUGGCAAUGGCAUUGUCAUUCGACGGAAAGUAUCUGGUUACCGGUGGUGAGGAGAAAGUCAUCAAGGUUUGGGACACCGAAGACAAUCAUCGUAUUGUAGAGACAUUCCGUGGCCACAAAGACAUUGUAUCGGCACUGGCAUUCAGAAAGGGAACAUACACCCUGUACUCGGGAUCGUACGAUCGUACCUUGAGAAUCUGGGAUCUCAGUCAGAUGGCGUUUGUCGAUGCUCGUUACGGACAUCAGAAUCCAAUCACAUCGAUCGAUGCACUGACUCGUGAGCGUUGUAUCACUUCGGGUAGCGAUCGUACCUUGAGAAUCUGGAAGAUUCCAGAGGAGACUCAGUUGAUCUUCCGUGGCCACAAACAAUCGAUCGACAAGGUAGCGUUGUUGGCCGAGGAUCGUUUCGUGUCGGCGUCCGACGACGGAUCCGUCCAGCUGUGGAACGUAGUCAAGCGUAACCCAACACAUAUCCAGAACAAUGUACAUCCAAAAUCAUCGUUACCAUGGGUAUCAUCGAUUGCUUGUGUCAAGUUUGCCGACAUCAUAUCAUCGGGUUCAUGUGACGGUAGAAUUAGAUUAUGGGGAGUUUUUGGUGAUAAAUUGAAAGAAGUUAAUACAAUCAAUAUCGUAUGUAUCGAGUUUGAACAUUUAAUUUUAGAUAAAAGUUUAUUAAUUGAUGGAUUUAUCAAUGAUAUGACAUUUAACAAAGACGGAACUUUAUUAUUUGCCGCAAUCGGACAAGAACAUAGAUUUGGAAGAUGGCACAGAGUCAAUGUAAAGAAUACUGUUGCAAUCAUUAAUUUGGAUAACAACCAAGAGAAGAAAGUUUUACAAGAGGAUGAAGAUGAAGAAAUAGACGAUGAAAUGGAAGAUCAAGAAGAAGAAGAAGAAGAAGAAGAUCAAGAAGAGGAAGUAGAAAAUGAAGACGACGACGAAUAA